UGCCACCCCUGUAGGAAUGUGGAUCUGCUGUUCUACCUCCCUGGUGGCUCCACGGUACAUGGCUUCUUCAUGGUCAACUUGAUGGUGGAGCUAGCUGCGGUCCCAGCCAUAAAGGCUGUCCCUCAGGUCAUCAACGGGGUCAAUCAAGGUGACGUUGCCAUGGCAACCGAGGCUCUGAACUCCAUCAGCGUGUCCUUGGAUGACAUGGUCGAAGCUCUCAAGUUGAUGCACCAUUAUGUGGACCCCUCUGUUUUCUAUGGCAUCGUAAGGAUCUAUGGAUCAGGGUGGAAGGACAACCCGUUGAUGCCAGAGGGACUGGUGUAUGAGGGGGUGCAGGUGGAGCCCCUAGAGUUCUCCGGGGCAAAUGGGGGCCAGAGCAGCCUGCUACAGUGCUUUGAUGCACUGCUGGGGGUCAGGCAUGAAGGGAGCAGUGGGGCUUUUCUGACACGCAUGAGGUGCCAGUACAUGCUGCCGGCUCACACGCACUUCGUGGAGGAGGUGUCACGACGGCGUCCGGGCGUGCGGGACUUCGUGCGGGAGCAGGGCGAUGAGGAGCUGAGCGAGGCCUACGAGAGAUGUGUCCAUCGCCUGGUGGCCGUCAGGAAUUACCACAUCAACCUGGUGGCUCGCUACAUCACCCUGCCCGCCUCACAAGCACAGAAACUGCGUCUGUAUGGGGCGGAUGCGAAUGAGGACAACACGGUCUCGCAGGCGCCCACCGCCCUUGAGAAGCGCGGCACCGGUGGCUCCGGCAUCAUGAGCUUCCUGAAGACUGUACGCAACUGCACGCGUGCCGUUACUGAUUGGUCCACCACGUCCACCGCCUCACAGCCAAAGCCAACGGAAACACAGGAGAAGCACAGCGGGCGGGUCACUGUGAGAGUCGAAAAUGGUGGCGGAGUGGAAGACAGAGGCGGACCCUCACAGAAUAACCAGGAAGAGAGUUUGUCAUUUCUUAGCUGGUUAACCUCAAAGCUCUGGCAGCCGUGAGUGAGGCUUGGUAAGACACCUGGGGUGUUACAAUACACGUGAACAGAAAAACUGCUUACACAAAGUGCUUCCUGUUGUUAACAGAAAUAGAAUCACAGAUGAGGAUGGCCCCUGCCCAUAUUUGCCUUAUAGGCUCCCAUAUUGCCAGUGAUCAUAGCCAGAGGUGUCAAAAAGGGAAAUUGGAUAAAUUUUGGAGGAUUUGGGGUAUUUUUAGGAAAUGAUAAUGUUUUAAUGGAGGGCUGGGAUGCGGUGGCGAUUUGAAAUUUAUUUGGUUUAUUUGUUUUGUAUGUGCCUUGGG